UGACUGACCGGUGUCACCGAGGAUGUCACUUUGUGAAAGUAAAACGACGUUUUCGAGAGGCAAGUCAUUUAUUAUUGGCUCGAUGUCAGGUUUUAUUAAUUAAACACGUUGUAGGUAUGAACAAAUUAUGUGUGAUCGCAGUCACAGUAUUGUUGAGCGCUUGUGUAGCGGCGAACGGCCGGCAGCGGCACGCGUUCUACCGCAGCGUGCGGGGCGGCGGCGGCGGCGGGCGGGCGGACGGGCGGCGCGUGUUCGGCGGCGCGGCGGCGGCGCUGCGCGAGUGCCCCGCGGCGUGCGCGCUGCUGGACGCGCGCGGCGCCGUGCGCUGCUCGGGCGCCGUGCUGCGCGCGCACUGGGCGCUGACGGCGGCGCACUGCGUGGGCCCGCACGUGGCCUACGUCAAGUACAACUCGCGCCGCCCCGCCGCCGCCGGCAACGUGUCCGCCGUGCUGCGUCUCUACCGACAUCCCAAUUACGAGGUCGAGCAGAAGGACGAGGGGCGCGGGCUCGACGUGACGCGGCUGCACCACGACGUGGGGCUGGUGCGCACGCGCGACGCCAUGGCGCCCGCCGCCUUCGCUCUGCGCCGCCACCCCGCCCGGCUGCUGUACGGCGAGGAGGUGCAGGUGUUCGGGUUCGGACGCACGGAGCGCUCGGCGCUGGGCGAGGAGCUGUUCUCGGUGCGGCUGCGGCUCGUGCCCUGCGACUGCGACGGCUGGCUGCACUGCGUGUGCGGCGAGCACGAUGGCUCGCGCGGCGUGUGCUCCGGCGACUCCGGCGGGCCCGUGCUGUACAACGGCUACCAGAUCGGCGUGACGUCGCUGGGCCCCGCGCAGUGCGCGCGCGCGCCGGGCGGCACCAGCGUGCUGACGGCGCUGGCGCCCUACGCCGCCGUGCUGGACGCCACGCUGAGCGACGCGGGCGAGCUGCGGAUGCACGUGAUAGCGCGCGCAUGCGUGACGUCACCGCCCCGCGCCGCCCUGGUCGCCCUGGCCGCCCUGGCCGCCCUAGCCGCACUCUGCAGCUCUGUGGUGCUUUUAAGAGUAUAGCGCAUUGUCAGAAAAACUUUUGUACAAGUUUUUAAUAGAUUUAUAUAUUAUUAUAAUAUUAUACUAUUGCAAUCAAU